AGAGAGUAAAUUUUCAGAGUAGAAAUCUCUAACAAUAAGAUUACAGAAUCUUCUAGCUUUUUAAAAGUAAAAAUCAAAACUGUAGUUAACGUCUACCCUUCACUCACACUAGUGGUCUAAUUUUUUUUUUUUUAAACUAUCUGAAAAUGGAGAGGGGUCAGGAGAAAGGCACUGAGAAGCAGGUGGAAACGGCAGAGAUGGGGUGGUUAGCCAAAACGAGAUCUGUCUUGGAGAUUCCAAACCCGGUGAUAGUCAAAGUUUUGGUGAUAAGCAGCUCAGCUACGUUCACAUCAGGAAUUGCCUUAGCCUUUGAAUGGUUAUUUCACGGCAGGAGCCACAUUGGAUUCGGGUGGAUCAUCUACUACGCAUUGUUCUUGAUCUCCCUUCCUCUUCUCCUCUUGAUUGGUCUCCGUAUCCUCAUGGCCAUCUCUUUCUCUAACCGCGGCUCAUCUAGUCAGAUUGUUGACUCAGUCGCAGCAGCAGCCAAAGAACCGUGUGCUGAGGAGGCGCAGCAAACUGAAGAAACGGAGAGAAACAGUUGCCGGAGUUUAGCUGUUGUGGUUGAUUUUGACGAGAGAAAGAUGAACAGAGACGAGAAAACGCUAAAACGCGCCGUUUCAUUCCCUUCUCAUGGCAAAGUAAGAUCAUGUCGUACUCGGUAAAGAACAAAAAUGAAAAAAACUAAUGUUGUUUAGCUUUUAGUUAUCAGAUUGAUCCAGGAAUCUAAUAAUAAAAAUAAUAAACAUGUCUGUGAAGUUUUCUUUGACAUUCUUUUUCAAUGAUCCUCAGAAAAAUCGAAUUUAGUAGACUUUUUCUGUUCUGUUUUGUUUUUGCAUUACGAGUGUCACGAAAUCGUAAAGUUCAUGAAUAUUGUCACGUGUCAUGACGAGUCCAUUCAACGAAGUUGCGUAUGUGUGGGUUCCAUGUGCCGCGUCAAUGUCUCAACAACCCACACGUGCGGUGAUUUCGAAAAGUUUCAUUUUCAACGAUUAGUUACGAGAUGACUGGAGUCUAUUUGAAAAUGAUUAGAUAGGAUUAAAGAAAAAAAUCCCCAGUUGACUGGACCCUUGGAGCUGGGCCUAUGCACACGUACAUAACAUUAAACUCUAUGCUAAAAUUAUUUUAAACAAGCGGUAUCAAGCUAAAGACUGAGAGCAUAUCAUUUCCGAUACUGCGAGUUUGCAUCGUUUUUUAAUUCAAUAAAUUCUGGAGCAAAAUUCAUAAUUUCUUAGGGACAGAAACAAUAUUCUAUUGUUAAUUUUUUUGUUCGUGUCUACUGAAACUCGAACCUAACAUUUUAGAAAAAAAACUUUAUUAGUAGAGUUACAAUCCCGGAUAAAAUUUAUGAAUGAUAACUAUUUAAAUGAUACAUUAGAUAUUGCUAAACUAGUAUUUAGCUCUAAAUUAUUCGACUAAAAAUGGUUCACUAUAUUAAAAAUGGUUCACUAUAUGACAGGUUUUAUCCCAUCAGCUCUUUGU